AUUUACUUCCGGGACAAUACCUUGAAGCUCUGAAAAUAAAUAAACAAAAAUGUUUCCAUCUUAGUAAAAAUGGCUUCUCUUGACAGAGUAAAGGUGCUGGUUUUAGGAGAUUCAGGGGUGGGGAAGUCGUCUCUGGUUCAUUUACUGUGUCAGAAUCAAGUUUUGGGAAACCCCUCCUGGACAGUAGGCUGUUCUGUGGAUGUGCGGAUACAUGACUACAAAGAGGGCACUCCAGAAGAGAAGACUUACUACAUUGAAUUGUGGGAUGUUGGAGGAUCUGUAGGAAGUGCCAGCUGUGCAAAGAGUACCAGAGCAGUUUUCUACAGCUCUGUCAAUGGCAUCAUAUUGGUCCAUGAUUUAACCAACAAGAAAUCUUCACAGAAUUUAUACCGCUGGUCCUUAGAAGCCUUCAAUAAAGACUCUUCCCCCACAGGAGUUAUCGUCACAAACGGGGAUUACGACAGGGAGCAGAUUCCGGAAAACCUGCUCCCCCUGCUGGUGAUCGGGACCAAGUUCGACCACAUCCCAGAGAACAAGCGCAGUGACGUCCUGGCCCGGACCGCCUUCCUGUCAGAGGACUUCAACGCUGAAGAGAUAAACCUGGACUGCACAAACCCCCGUUACCUGGCGGCUGGCUCCUCGAAUGCAGUGAAGCUGAGCAGGUUCUUCGACAAGGUCAUCGAGAAGCGAUACUUCACAAAGGAAGGUAGCCAGGCUGGCUUUUCAGACCGGAAGCGUUUCAACUUCAAGAGCCUCCAUUACGACUGAGAAUGGGACGGAUGUGCAGGGAUGUGUGCGUGAUUUCCCAGGGCGUAAAGCACAUCAGUAACAGGACAGGCAUCAGCCACGGCCUCUCAACUUUUAAUCGAAUCGGCUAAAUCGUUUACACACUCUGGCUUUUUUUAUACACUACUUGUACAGACUCAUGAAUGACAACAGAAGACUGUCCGAAAUGCAUGUUUUACUGCAGGGAACUGCACUGCGCUGCACGGGCCUCCGGACUUUGCUUAGUUGCAUAAUGCGCGCCAGUCCUGCCUUGUUAGGCAGUGUGGUGCCAGAUGUUAACCACAUUUCUGUUACCAAGAACCGCUGUUGUAGAAGGAGCAGCUGCAGGCCUGGUUUUAUCACCUCUGCAAGCCUGCCACGCUUCUUCUGCUUCUGCAGCAAAAGCACUGACAAACGACUCGUUUAGAAAAGCAACUACACGCUCUGAAAAUAAUCGCCAGCACUAUUGUGUGUACAUAUUUAGUGCUGUGUCUGAUGGCUUUGCCUGUUACAUUGCAUUGGAGCGAAUCGGCUAACCUUUAGAUUCUAAUUAUCCUCAUUGUCCGAGUGUAUUUCCACUGCUUAAAGCCUGCUCAUUUUCAGUUUGUUAAUUUUUUUUGAAUUAAGAGUUUAAAAGAGUUCUAGUGUCUAUAUCAUGGAUAUAUUGUAUGUCAUGUUUAUUGUGUAUAGCUCUUAAUAUACUGUUUUAGUUGUAUAAAUUAUUUGAUUUAUAAUGGAAAAGUGCAAGAGGUUACAGUUUUUUUCAUAAGAAGUUGCAUCAGAGCUGCUUCAUAGGGGUGUUACGAAAAUAGAAACAGUGAACAUUCAACUCGGCGUAUCGAAAUGAAAAACUGGAUCACAAGUCAUUCUCUUUUCGUGUGGAGAAAGAACGAGAGGAUGCACAGUUGAGUGAGAGAGAACAAAAGCAAACGUUUGCUAACAAAAAAACCAAGCUAAUGUCCCUUUUCACACCAAUGCAGACCAUGCAGAGUAAACGGAGCUGGAAAAUCAUGCACUCUCCCCCAGACCAGUGAUGUGGCAACCCUCGGCUGUCACUCGGCGGUGUGAAAGCUUGUUGACGGCGUGAAGCACCGCCGCGCUACGUGAGCAGGGAUAGGUCACGCACUCACUUUCUCCCCAGUUGCGGUUGAAGCUGCAGCCCACGGUUGAUCUACUUUUAUCGUUAGCCUAGUUUUCAUACCGACCGCUCAGCCGCACUGGUGUGGAGGACAUUUUGCUUAAUCACUGGUAGCCCGUUUGUUAUAUUGCUGGAUUUUAAAUAAAUGUUCUGAACAAAGUGGUCAAAACUAAUAGUGUUAGAGAAGCAUGAUAUGAUAGCCACAAGUAGGCUAUGGGUAGGAAAGACUCGAAAAUUGAAUUGAUGUGUGCAUAUAAGAUCGAAAGCCAAAUUGAGUUGUGGAUUAUGAGAAUUGUUACACCCCUUGUACUUUAGUACUUUUAGUGCAAAAUUGUAAUAAAUAUUAAUCAUUUUCUAAUCAAUCCA